CUUUUAUACACGGAUGCUGGUUUGUGUACAUUCUUUAUGGGUGGCAGUAUACACAUUGAAGUUCAUCUGCACGUCUCUGGUCAACACAGAGUAGAAGAAGAAGAACAAGAUGGCGGAACGAGGCUACAGUUUCUCCCUUACCACAUUUAGCCCUUCAGGGAAACUGGUCCAGAUUGAAUAUGCCCUGGCAGCUGUAGCAGCCGGAGCUCCCUCAGUUGGCAUCAAAGCUUCCAAUGGAGUUGUCCUGGCAACAGAGAAGAAACAGAAGUCCAUUCUGUAUGAUGAGCAGAGUGUCCAUAAAGUGGAGCCCAUCACCAAGCAUAUAGGCAUGGUCUACAGUGGCAUGGGGCCUGACUACAGGGUCUUAGUGCGACGAGCCCGGAAGUUGGCACAACAGUACUUCCUGGUUUACCAGGAGCCAAUUCCCACGGGUCAGCUUGUCCAGAGAGUGGCCUCUGUGAUGCAGGAGUACACACAGUCUGGCGGUGUACGUCCAUUUGGCGUAUCAUUGCUGAUAGCUGGAUGGGAUGAAGACCACCCCUACCUGUUCCAGUCAGACCCCUCUGGUGCAUAUUUUGCAUGGAAAGCCACAGCCAUGGGAAAGAACUAUGUUAAUGGAAAAACAUUCCUCGAGAAAAGGUAUAACAAUGAUCUGGAAUUGGAAGAUGCCAUUCACACAGCCAUCUUGACACUGAAGGAGAGUUUCGAGGGUCAGAUGACAGAGGAGAACAUUGAGGUGGGGAUCUGCAACGAGGCUGGCUUCAAAAGACUCACCCCAGCCGAGGUGAAAGACUACCUGGCUGCUAUUGCGUGAACACGCCCUGCCUGAUGACAGGGCUCUGUGGCCACAUUUCUAGACAAAGACACAGUAGCCAACGGUCUCAUGACACAUUUUUGUAAAACAUAGUUAUUUCUGCCCUGCCCUGAAAACACAGGAGAAGGCCUUUCAUAGCAGCCUGUUUGGAGUUAUGCCCAGGCCCAUUUACGUAAGGAGACCGCUUUUGUGUGUGUGCAGCUAACGUGGCUGCCACUCACAACUGCACUGACCAAACUCAAGUUGCCAGUGAAACAGCAAGCUCGUGCCAUCACAUAACUAAUUGGCUUUGUUGUCAAACACAUGCCCUUUUACUGUGAAAUGUGACAGCUGGCUACUGUGUAUAUGAAAAGGAAUGUGGGCUCUGAUGAGUGAAGUCUCAGGUCUUCCACUGAAUCCUCCAGUUUUCUUCUUUCUCAUUACAACAGCAUUUCUAUUGGUUUUCAAGUCAAGUACUGUUGCAUUAUGUGUAUAUUAAGAAUUUGAUUGCUUGUCACCAUUGCCAAGCAUGAAAAAAUUAAAUGGUAACAAGGUCAACACCUACUAGAGGCCAUUAGACAAAGCCUUGACCUCACAUCUCUCUGGGGGUGAUCUGUUCAUCCUGAACAUUGACAUGUCCCUCAAAUCUCCUGACUGCACUUCAGACACCCUCAAACACUAGGAAGGAGAAUAAACAAAAUAGAGUAAGCAGGGAGGAUACAAUGGAACAUUUUGAGAAUUUACAGUCAGGAUCUGGUUGACUGUACAGCAGUUUUACACAAUGUACUUUUUUUCAGGCUAGAAACAAUUCUAGAGUUUGUAUUUUCCCCUCUGUUAAGUGUUGCGUUCAAAUAAAAGAUAAUGAGUUGA